CUAGGCAAAGUAUUAUACAGAUGAUGAGUAUGGACGGAGGGAAUUUCAACCUAUAUAUAUGUGCGUGAGAGCGCCGAUAUCAGCCUCCCGGGUCAAAUCCCUCUUCCCUCUUUCACUACACCUCUCAUCUCUCCAUCUCUUUCUCCACUGGUGCUGAUAAUGUCACCAACGUUCAUCUCGCAAUUUUUUCCGAAUCUUUCGAUAAAAAUGACAUAUAAUUUUUUUUUCUAUCGCUUUGAGUUAUUACUUGCAACGACCCUUCCAAAUACCUGCAAUUAAUAUCUUCUAUCAUUCUGAAACAGAUUCCAAAUAUUUUAUUCAUUUCAAAUUCUUACAAAAAUCAUGCAUUGUUGCACAUUUUCAAAUAUUCCCGCGGUGCAUAUAUUUCCCCAUUGUUAUCGACCUCUACCUGUUUCUUCUUCAAUCGGUAAGCUCCGAAGUUUUGAUCGCUGGCGGCAGAUAGAGUCACCACUUUGAAAGCAAAAUUCAAGCUUUCAGUCGCAUGCGCACACUGUUAGAAGAAAAUAUCGCGAAUUGGAAGAAGAACCGAGCGAGGUGAGAGAAAAGGAAGAGGAGAAAACGGCGCGUGAGGAACUCUGGGUAGUUUAUUAGUAGUAAUGGGUUUGCGGAGGAUAGAACGUUGGAUACAAGAGCAGCUGAAGCACCAGGAAGAUCAGGAAUAUCGCUGUCACGGUUAGAAGAUCCUGAGGGAAGAGUCCCCGGGGUGCGGCGAUCAGAGAAAAAUUAUUAAAAUUAGAAAAUGCAGUUGGCGCGGAUCUGACGAACAAAACCCGGUAGAGGAGUUACGAUUUCGCUAAGAAAAUAGGUCGUGGAAAACCGAUAUAAUCGAGAGCUACAAUGCAAGCUAAAAGUGAAGAACGAGAAGAAAAUUUGGAAAACAGUUGAAAUGAAUCCUCACAACGGUUAUCACUAUCCUCUAAGAUCAUUGGUGAACGUUUUUUGGAUCAUCACCUGCUAUGGGAGUGGACUCUGAAUUUGACAAACUACAAUAUUUUCGAUCGGUGGUUUUAAAACAGUGGCUUCAAAGCUAUUGGUCAAAUAAAUCAUUGGCAUUGAAGUUGCAACGUUGGUGGUUGAAAUUUAAAUUCAUAUUCCAUGGUCACAGUGCAUAGAAAAGAGUGGAGAAAUAUAUCUGGAUUUAAUUGUGAUAAGUGAGCAACAGUUGAGUGAUUUAUUUAUUUAUUUAUAUCUACUAGCGCACAAACAGAUUAAGCAUGCCUGGGUUAAUCGCUGUUGGGGAAUUUGUCGAAGAAACAAGGGAGGAUUACAACUCUCCGACUACCUCAACAUUUGUAUCUCGAAUGCCACAAUGCAGACAGACAAUUACAGCAUUGGAAGAGACCCUGGACUUUGACAGGGAUGGUCUGACGAAACUAAAAAAAGCCAUCAAAGCGAUCCACAAUUCUGGCAAUGCACACGUAGACAAUGAAGUCUACUUGGGACGAGCUUUAGAGAAGCUUGGUGAUGCUGCCUUGAAGGAACAGGAGCCAGACAUCGGAGCUGCGUUCCUGAAAUUUGCUGUAGUCACAAAAGAACUUAGCGCGUUGAUGAAAACUCUGAUGCAAAACAUAAACAAUAUCGUCAUGUUUCCAUUGGAUUCGGUGCUGAAGGGUGAUUUGCGUGGCGUCAAAGGUGACUUGAAGCGACCUUUCGACAAGGCAUGGAAGGAUUAUGAGGCAAAGUAUGCAAAAAUAGAAAAAGAAAAAAAGCAGCAUGCAAAAGAGGCUGGACUUAUUAGAACGGAAGUUACACCUGCGGAAGUUGCAGAUGAAAUGGAAAAAGAACGACGCAUGUUUCAGCUGCAGAUGUGUGAGUAUCUCAUCAAAGUUAAUGAGAUCAAAACUAAAAAGGGGAUCGAACUUCUACAGCACUUGGUGGAGUAUUAUCACGCUCAAACUAACUACUUUCAAGAUGGCCUCAAAACUAUAGAACAUUUUGGUUCCUAUGUUGCGGACCUAAGUAUCAAACUGCAAAAAAUACGACAAACACAGGAUGAAGAACGGAGACGUCUCACGGAACUAAGAACUCUUCUGCGAAGCUCUGGCUGUGACAAAGAGUCGAAUGUCAACGCCAACAUUGGCUACUCUUUGCACCAGCUGCAGGGGGAUAAACAACAUGGAGUAACAAGAUCUGGUCAUUUGUUAAAAAAAAGCGAAGGAAAAAUGCGGCGAGUUUGGCAAAAGCGAAGAUGUGCUGUACAGGCCGAAGGGUUUCUCGACAUUUGCCACGCCGAUGAAAACAAGCCGCCCACUAGGGUCAAUCUUCUGACUUGCCAAAUAAAACUUGUGCCUGAUGAUAAGAGGGGCUUCGAUCUAAUAAGUUACAAUCGAACGUACCACUUCCAGGCGGAGGAUGAAGCCGACCAACGUGCGUGGAUGUCCGUCCUUGUUAACUGCAAAGAACGAGCACUUUUGAGAGCUUUCGAUGCCAGCGGCAAGGCAGAGGCUGGUCAGGGAAAUCCUAGCCUAGUAGAAUUACAGCAGGCCGUUAUACGAUGUGUAACUAGAUUACCUGGGAAUGAUCACUGCUGUGAUUGUUCGUCACAAAAUGAUGCCACAUGGCUCUCGACUAACUUUGGGAUAAUCGUGUGCAUUGAGUGCAGUGGGAUUCACAGGGAUUUGGGUGUGCAUAUAUCUCGAAUACAGUCGUUAACUCUGGACAACGUGGCAACUGCGCAGCUCCUCUUAGCCAGGCGAAUGACUAACCAAUCCUUCAAUGAAGUCAUGGAAGCCACAUUACACCUGGAUUUGAAACCAACGCCAACAUCUUCAAUGGAAGAAAGAUACGAAUUCAUCAGAGCGAAAUACGUAGAAAAAAGAUACGUCAUGAGCACGUGCGCGGACGAAAGAGAUUUGCUAUCGGAUUUAGAACAUGCCGUCAAUAACCGAGACCUUCAACAGUUGUUACAAGUAUUUGCUGAGAAUGUUGAUCUCGCAGCGCCUCUGCCGACCUCGGAUAUCGGAGAGACAGCCUUGCACCUCGCGAUACUACGAGAGAUGGGAAAUAGUCUUCAUCUCGUUGAUUUUCUCGUCCAAAAUAUGCAUGCUGGAAGUAUUGAUCGUACGACAACGGAGGGGGAAUCGGCACUCCAUUUAUCUGCUAGGCACGAUAGGGCUGAAGCUAUGAAGCUUCUUCUCAGAGCUGGAGCAGACCCCACACUUAGAAAUAAACAGGACAAAACACCACUCGAUAUAGCACAGGAGAUGGGGCACCAUACUUGCAAAGAACUGCUGAGCCAUGCCCUUCAGAGGCAAAAGACUCUAUUUGAUAACGUAAACAUAGACUGGAAUUUAUCUCACGACGAAGGUUCGACCGACUUCUCCGACGACGACACCAUCAUCGAAGAUAGAAAUGGGUGUUCAACUCCUGAAAAGAAGUCUCGAAGCCGACCACCUUCCUAUGCCGGAGGAGGAGGUGGAGGCGGAGGUCCUGGAGAUUCACCACAAACCCUUCGAAGCCGUAGCAGCACCUGCGGGAGUCUGCAGAGCGGAUCAUCGCCAGGUUCUUCUAGUAGACAGCAAAUGCCGCCCCCACCGCCUCCGCAGAAUCGAAAGCCUGCAAUCUCUGUACCGUCCCCUGCGAUCGUACCGUCGGACGCUGGGGCUGUAUCUGGUGCCAACAUUCACGGGUCUUUGAAGAAACGCGUCGCGCCUCCCCCGCCUGCUACGUCUAUAGGAGGAACUGGUGUAAUUGUACCUUCGCACUACGGCACACUGCCCUCUUCUGCGAGUUCAACUUCCUCUCACAGCCGGACUACAAGCGAACCAAUACUCGCAGGUCACGCGCUCCACACUCUACCGACCUCGUUGAAUGCCCUCAAUACCACCCAACACCAUCUGCACCACAAGAGAUCGCCAAGCGGCGAUUCUUCUUCAUCUGCCACCCACGGUAUUGAUAAACUCAACUGCGGCGGUUCUUCGACGCUUCAAAGACCUCGGAAUCCACCACCCCCAGCACCAGGUUCUGCCGUGCCGCAUACUUCUAGACUCAGUAACGGAAGAAGCAGCGAAUCGCUCACCUCUAUGUGCUCUGAUCACGUUUCUGGUAACCCUGUACCUCCACCGAGAAAGCGAAGGGAGCGGCGUACUGGGCUAGAGAGAUAUGCAGAGGAGUCUACUUCGACUUUGAUAUCAAAUGACACAAACAAUCUGAAUCCGCCAACAUCUCCGACAUCUGGAUCUGCUGGAGUUGCUGUAUCGAUGGGAGGUCUCCGUCGGUGUCGUGCCCUCUACGAUUGCGAGGCUGACAAUGAGGAUGAACUUUCGUUCAGAGAAGGCGAGGUUAUUCUGGUCACAAACGAACACACAGAUGAUGACAACUGGAUGGAAGGGGCUUUGGAACGGGAACCGGAUAGACGAGGAAUGUUCCCAAUAAGCUUCGUUUAUAUGCUUCAAGAAUAACAUUCCACCAGCCUCGGCUCACUUGCCUCUAUAAUGGGUAACGAUACCACUGUUCUGAGCCCUAAUAGUAGCUCGAAGGGUUAUUCGACGCUUGCUAAUCCACCUGAGCCACAGAAAAGAGAGUUCCUUGGGGGCAAUGGCGAACCUGCUGGUAUGAAAAGGUCAAACAUUCGCUAAAAAAAAUACAAAUAAAAAUCGAAACUCGCAGAUGUUACUUAAGUUUUAUCUGAUACGUUGGGUAAUUUAUAUCAUGCAUUGAUAUGAAUAAUGUUGACGGGAAGUUUGAUGCGCAUGACACUAAAACGAAAAAGAAAAAAAAAACUAAGUAUUCUACGUACCUAUUAUUAUUUUAACGACUAUUAUCAUUAUUAUUAUUACUAUUAUUAUUACUCCUAAAUACUAAACGAUUUGUAUUGUAUAUCGGUCACAUAAGAAAAAAAAUAAUAAUAAUUUCUUCGCGAUAACGAAUAAUCUCUAAUCUAUUAUAUUAUAAUCUAUUUAAUAUUAUUUUUUAUUGCCAUACUAACUUUUAAUUGUAGUAAUCCGUAAAACGACUAUACCUUAGAGUUACUAUAACGAUGAUGAAUAACGACUUCUAUUUAAAAAAAAAAAAAAAUUAAUAAAUAAAUGUAAUAAUUUCAAAAGCAACGCCUAGAAAAAAGCCACGCGGGAUAAUGAUUAUGACAUUUCAAAUUUUUUGAGCUUGUAUUUCGACGCUUUAAGACCAAAGAACAAAAACCGAGCCAAUGCAGGGGCAGUUAGUUAGCAUCGAGGGGUCUCAUAACGUAUUAAUUUUAAUAGUCAUGCCUUUGGAACCAAGGUAUUUAAAACUCUCGCGCCUCAAAUAAUUUGAUGGUGGUUAAAGUUUUUCUAAUCAUCUCGUCAACCCUCGAUUCUAAUUAAAGCCAAAGGCUACGCACUGUACAUAUUAUACCAUAGAUAUUUAUAAAACUCGCCGUUAUCGAAGAGCACAUUUAUCAUAUUAUUAUUAACAUUAUUAUUAUAAUUUUUUUUCUGUCUGAAAAAGAGAAGAAAAAAGAAUAAGUUAAUCUAGAGCUGUGAACUUAAAAUCAGUCAAAAACCAAACAAACUCAAAAUAAAUCGCACGCGACUUCAAGAAUGCUAAUAAAAUAUCAUCUCGUAUUUUUCCGUUCUAUAAAAUACGAUACUAAUAUCAACUAUUACUGACAUUUUUUAAAACUAUUAGUUCGAUUGAUAUUAAGGCAAACUAAAUCUGAAUUAAAUAAAUAGAAAAUAAAAGACAAAACUGCAAUGAUGAAAGAAGAUGAAGUAGAGGGAGGAAAAAAGAACAAGGAAAAAAUUAAAAAUGUAAUAAUUUUAUCUAUUGAUGAUUGUAAUUUCAUGUAAGUUGUGAACUUACCAUAAAUUUUGUGCAGUCUUCUUACAAAUCGGUAUAUAUUUUCCUUCUAUAAUAGAAUCAGUAUUUUAGGCGCAGACGCCUUCUGUAGAUACCUAUGUCAAUGCUGCUGAUAUGAAAAUACCUAGUACGUACAUCGAUGACGAAGGUGCCAACGAUGAUAUCAUUUCAUCAUUGCUUAAAAAAAAAAAAAAGAAAUGAGUAGAACUAUGUCAGUCAGUCGAUAAAUGAAUGUUGUAUUCUUUUUACUUUAAAAGCGUAACCUAAAUACUGUCUAAUGAAACUUAGAUUCUAAGGGGUGAUUAAUUCAGAUCGAGUUCGGUAGAUCUGAACUUCGGUCUGCCACCCCAUGCGAUGUAUAGGCUCUAACAAUUAAGUAAAUUAUUAUCUAGCUAUUUAGGAUAUUAUGUAUGAUAACCUAUGAUCAGGUGAGAUGCGAGAUAAACCGACUGACGGAUGAUAUUAAACAUUAGCGGAACUAUUUGUUGUACAGAAAAUUUGUGAAUUGAACAAAAAAAAAAAAAACACGUAAUCGUCUACUCUAUUCAGUAUUAGAUCUCCGUAGGAUCAUACACCGGAGGUAUUUUCCUGUUGGGUAUUUUUAUUUUGAAUCAUGCACAAAGUCUGACAAGACCUUGAUCGGAAUUGCAGAAAUAAUUUCACAAAUAACAGUAAAAAGAUAAAAAUUAUUCAUUCGAAAAUUGAUAGUAUCUGUAUAUAUACAUAUACAUACAUACAUAUUAAAAUAAUAAAAAUAUGCAUACAACAAA